AGUUGUUUUCUUAGAGAACUCAAUAUGAACGCAACCGAAUCCUGUGACAAGAUGGGAGUGAACUGCAAGAUUAAAGACGUAUAUACCCCUGGACGGACCAAGGAAGAGGUCAUAGACAGCUACAACAAUUGGGCGGAUACAUACGAACAUGAUCUCAAUCCAGAUAAAUUUAGAGGUCCUGUAUUGGCGGCCAACGAAUGCUGUGCCGUUAUACAAGAAAAGAACAGAACGAGUGCCUUGGUACUCGAUGUGGCUGCUGGAACAGGAUUCCUUGGCAAAGAGCUGCACCAAAAAGGCUUCAAAAAUCUUCAUGCAUUGGAUCCAUCGACAGAAAUGUUAGAGAAGGCCAGUGCUAAGAACGUCUAUCAGAAGUUCAUCAUCAAGUUUAUAUCUGAGGAAGAGGAACUCCCAGUAAACGCUGAUACCUAUGACAUUGUGGUAUCAUCUGGAGGAAUGGGUCAAGGUCACAUUCCGGCAGGAGCAUUAUUGGAAAUGUUAAGAAUCACCCGAAAAGGUGGGUACAUUAUCUGGUCGAUGCGGGAGGAAUAUCUGAGAGAUCCGGAAUACGACGGGGUACUAGAGGUCUUGAUUAAUAACAUGGAGGAAUCAGGGAAAUGGAGUAAAAUAAAGAAAAGUGUGAUUCCUAAUUAUUAUGAAGAAAAAGAAGGUGCAUUGUUUGUGUUUAAGAAAUUAUAAAUGUACAUGACCUUCAAGUCAUAUUGGAUAUAUGUAAAAAAAAAGGUCAAUUUUACUCGAUACUGACAAUAUUAAGCAUUUAAAUAUG